AUGCAGGUGAAUCCCUUCAACAGUGUUGUUGCUUUGGGCCAUUUGAAUGGUACAGUAACCAUGUGGAAGCCUACAAGUCCCACUCCCCUUGUCAAGAUGCUGGCUAAUCACGGGCCUGUUUCAGCUUUAGCCUUUCACUCUAACGGCCAUCUCAUGGCAACGACUGGUAUGGAUAGGAAAAUAAAGCUUUGGGAUUUGAGGAAGUUUGAGGUUCUUCAAACUUUACCUGGCCAUGUGUCACAGGCCGACUCCUUUAGAGGCGCAGCGAAUCAAUUUUUGCCUGUGUGGCGCUCAAACUCCACCAAGUUUAAGCCCGCCAUUGCUCGUUGA